GGUUUGUUUAGCUAGCUAAUAGGAUGCUAACAGGGAAUGGCGUUUUGUGAUUAAAAAACACACAGUUGGACUCACGCAGUGGCUUGAUGUGCGCUAACUGUAUAUUUGGAUAGAAUGACGUAAAUGACGCAAAAAUAAAUCAUUUGAAUAUUUUUGAAAAACAAGUUUUGGCUUUUAAUAAAUAAGUUGGCUAUGAAAUGGAGACAUUAAGACCAUGACACUCGUGUUUUUUAAUGGUUCAAACAGACACAAAGGUCGACAACUAUCAACAGUAGUUCUUCCUCGCAGCUUCAUCACCACUGUGGCGACACAUUUAAUGGUAAGUCUGCUGUCCUGAAACAAUAUUCUCAAGUAUCUUGCCUGGUUCUUGUACAUGUUUUGUGAAAAAUAAUACCAUCAGAGGAGAGGAUGGUUAUUUCGAUGCAUGUUACAUAAGACAGGUGAGUUUUGUUAGAAAUAAGCACUUAAAUAUAUUGACAUUUUGCUGUGUCUCAAUUUGCGCACUUGCGUACUGCAGUACACGUCGUCUUCUGUGGUGAUGUGUCGAUCGCGAACGAAUCGGCUCAAAGAGCCGGCUCUUUGAAAUGAACAACAGGAGCCAGUUCGCGUCGUUGGGCGCGGCUGUACGUUGACGACGCCGCCAAUGUACGCCGUACAAUGUGACUGUGAUUGUUUGUGGUGCCUAACUGUUUCCUAAGUUUAUUAGUGCCUGUGUGAAUGUAUAAAUGAGAGGCACUAACUUACAUUUUUUGUCAAAAGGCGCUUUAUGAAAGUAAGUACAUUAACUUGAAUUCAUUUCCAGCGCAGCCUUGACACAUCCAGUAUGGCGCGCGACGUUGUCGUAUCACCGCAGUGGACAAACCCACUAGAUGUGGCGUCUAUCGAUGUCUAUGCGGCCGAGGAGCAGCCGAUAGCGGUGGAAAAGGAGUGAACAGAAGAAGAAGCGGGUAAAUGAUGCAACAAAUUGAUAUGGGGGAAGUACUACACUGUCAUAAUUUGUGCACAGUAUACGUUUUAAAGUGUACUGACUGAAGUAUUUGCUUUGAGACACAGCCUUGGCCUCUUUCUAAUAACUUCUUUAAUAUUAAAGAAAGCCCCGUCAAAACUUCAGUAGUGUAUUUUUCCUGGCACACACAGCACUUUACCCUGCUUCUGCUCACACAAAUCCACCAAUGGAUGCUUAAGUACCUUAAGUACUACCACCAAACCUUUCUCAUGCCACUUUACAUAUGCUUGUUGCACACUUUUUUUUGCCAUUGCAUGAACAUAUAUGUGUCACAGGAGGGGUGUCCGAACUUUUUCCAACGAGGGCCACAUGGUGAAAAACAUCAAUUUUUUACUUGUAAAUUCUGUCUUUAUUCUCUUAAUAUUAUAACUUUUUUCCCACCUUCACCUUUCUGUGACUAAAAUAACGUUAUUUUUUUACUCAUAAUAUUCUGUAAAAUUACCAAUAUUUCCUCUUUAUAUUUACCAUUCCAUUCCAAUGUUUAUUCUUGUAACAUUACUUCUGAUUUUUCCAUUUUUGUUGUUGGUUUCUUUUUUUUUUAUUUUUUAGUUUUCUUGAUAUUUUUAGAAUGUAAAAAACAAAACAAAAAAACAGCUGCAGGCUGCAAAAGGCCCCCAGGCCGCACUUUGGACACCCCUGCAUUAGGGUUAGUAGAACUGAUGACGGUUAGUAUCAAUCAAUAGCCGUAUCCUUGUGAUGGAUUGAACGGGAUUAAAAUGCAGUUAAUGACAGAUGGAUCAUCUCGUGGUUGUGCCCUUCCUUAGUCUUUCUUCUUUAUUCCUGGAACAGUUUCACCAGUCUGCUGUCUUCUUCCGCUCUAGCUCAUCUCCAUUCCACGCUCCAAGUCCAUAACAGGUCUCUUCUCUGGCGUAAAGUCCCUGUCUGUCCUCUCCACGUACCUCUGCAGCGUGCUGUAAUACUGCUCGCUCCUGGAGAAGGUAUAGAGCGCGGAGAUCUCCUCCCAAGCCUUGUGGUUGGGGAAAGGGAACGGAUCAGGAUCCUUGUUGUCAAAGAAGCUGUGUAGAUUUCUUUCCGCCAGUUUGGAGGCAUACUCGAGUGUGUAAGCGUCAAAGUGCUCUUUCUCCUUCUCCAUGUAGCGCUUCCAGAAGGUGAGCUGCAAGAAGCUGACUUUGGAGCGGCAGUUAGUGUAGCAGGUGCCAAGGAGCCCGGUGGUUGUGGCGAUAAUGAUGAUGCACCAGCCCAGGAUCUGUAGAGUGGAACGAUAGGACACGAUGCUUCACUAUGUCACAGACCGUACACGGCAAAGGACGCAUCAUGCUGGUCAAUAACCCUAUCGUAUCACCCGUCAGAGCGGUCCAAUUUACAUUGUUAACAUUUAAUUUGGCAAAAAAAAAAAAGGAAUAUUUUUUAAUGCAGUAAUCCCUCGCCAUUUCGCAGCUUUACUUUAUCAGGGUUUUUCAAAAACACAUUUAUUCAUAAAUCAUGCUGUUUCGUGGCUCAGUACUACAACGAGUAUUAGGGCCACAUUCGAAAAAAAAAUCUAUAAAGUUGUACAUUCAUGAGAAUAAAGUCGUCAAUUUACGAGAAAAAAAUGUGUACAUUUACGAGAAAAAAGUCAUAAAUUUAUGAAAAUAAAGCUGUAAAUUCACGAGAAGAAAGUCGUAAUAUUACCUGAAUAAAGUUGUAAAUUUACGAAAAUAAAGUCAUAAAUUUCAGAGAAAAAAAGUAACAUUAUUACAAGAAUAAAGUCGUAAUAUUACAUUAAUAAAGUUGUAAAAUUUCGAGAAUAAAGUUAUAUUUUGGAAUAAAGGCGUAAUUUUAAGAGAAUAAAGUCGUAAUAUUGCGAGAAUAAAGUCAUACAUUUAUGAGAAAAAAGUUCUAAAUUUCUGAGAAAAACCGCAACGUCACUUCCUGUCCGCCACUCACUCUGUUCUCCCAGGGAACAGAUUUCUAGCAACAAACGCAAGCACCAGUCUUAUUUUCUCUUAUUAUGUCUACCAUAUUGGGUAAUCAGAGUGUAAAGUGUGACUGUAGGGAUGUUACUGUAUUUCUUGUCUAGAGGGCUCUAAUGAUGUUAAACAGUGUAUUUAGAUGGUUGUAAAAAGGUUUUCUAUGCAUUAUAUGUCUUAUUUUCUCUUAUUAUGUCUACUAUAUUGGGUAAUAGUAGUGUAAAGGUGACUAUAGGGGUGUUAUUUCAUGUCUAGAGGGCUCUAAUAAUGUUAAAACACGGACUCAGAGGGUUGUUCUUGUGCUCUAACUACAAAAAUAGUCAAAAUUCACUUAUGGUCAGGUCUGGAACGAAUGAACCGUGAUGUAAGAGCAGUUUUUGUUGCGUUUUGUAUUCUGCGCUCCUGUUUUUUGUGAUGCAUCUGUUCUACUACUGGCUGUGCUUUGUUUGCCUGUGAUCGACGGCACAUAAACAACCAAAAAAACAAGUAAAACACUCUAAUUUCAUUUUUCAGUUGAAAAGAACUGAGCUCAGAAGCAGGGUUCCAUCUCCAUACACCUCCAAGUAGCACGUCGGGGCUUGUUAAGUCUCGUCACUAAAGUGAGGGUGCCUCCAGGUCCGGGUCUGCUGUAAGCGCGGCUGUCGUAUGACUAGACUGAAGUGAGCAUUCCUUACCUGAGACUGAGCUCUGAACAUCAGCAGCAGAUCCAUGCGCUCGUCAGCGGAUAACUUGGACCUGCCGCAGGGCACGUGGGCCAGCUCCUCCCGACACGUCAUGGUUUUGUUUUUACAAAACAGAUCCACCACCACGUUUUCAUCCAGACCGCUGACGGCACACUCGUAAAAGGUCCCGUUGAGCAGAGCCACGGAGAGCCACAUCAACGGCGCCACGCACGCCCCGGUGAAGAUGCUCAUCAACACUUGGAAGCAGCCAAAGCAGUUCCCGCGGGGGCAUAGCUUCAUGGGAUUGAGGCAGCAUCCCGUGUAAAGCCUCCACAACCUGUUGUUAAAGAACAGACCCAAGACCAGCAGCACAGCAGCGGGGCCCAGCAGGAAUGUGAGCCCAUAGGCAAAGUUCUGGUCAUGGUUGCAGGGGCACUGAAAGGACACCAUGGAGAAGACUCUCUCCCCGCCUAUCGUGAGGAGCGCCAUAAAACUGUAGCCAAUGGUGGCCUUCUGGUUCAUGAGGAAGCGCAGGACGGUCUGGAAUUUAUCCAUUGUGCCAGCGGGGAUAACCCGGAAAAGAAAAGACAGCAGAAUGAAAAAGCUGGAGCCAGCUGUGGACCGUCUUCCAGCUCAAGACAAAAACAGCCGUGCCCCUCCCUUUGGCUGGUGCACUCCCUUCAGACUCCUCCCUCGGUUCCUCUGCUGCCCCAAGCCACUCAUUACUCCUUUUUGCUCAUUGUCCAACAGCUAAGAGGCAAAGGGAAGCUCAUCUCUUCUUAUGUUACACAUUCACACCCUUUCCCCUCUUCCUGUACGGUCCCACUUGACUUGCACGGAGCUGCAAAAAUCCUGUGAAUCCUGUUCUGCCGAUCACCACCCUGUUUCUGCUGACUGGAAUGAAUUCGGAAGCGUGGCCGCCGUCUUACGGCAAAGCCCGCAUCACAUGCAAAAGUAAACACGUGGAAGCCCAUCAAUCCAGCAAGGAAUGACAUGUUUUCAUUUAAAGCAGGGCUCCCGACCGGUACCGGUCCGUGGGUGGGGCCGAACCGGGCCCCGGGAACCUUUCGGGUGCAAUGAUAAAAAAAAAAAAACACUUAAAAAAAUCGAUUUUGGAAAUAUGGGCCAUUAUUGUAUUUAAAAAGUAACAUACCGUUACAAAUCGCAUAGUGGUUGCAUGAAAAAGUGUUUGCCCCCGUCGUGAUUUCUUAUUGUUUUGCAUGUUUGUCACACUUAAAUGUUUCAGAUCAUCUAACAAAUGUAAAUAUUCGUCAAUGACAACACAACUGAACACGAAAUGCAGUUUUUAAAUGAAACUUUUUAUUAUUAAGGGAGGAAAAAUUCCAAACCUACAUGGCCCCUGUGUGGAAAAAGUGAUUCCUGUGUCCCGCUGUUUUUGGAAUGAUUUUUUUCAGUGUUCUUCUUUGGAAUUUGUGUCAUCUUUGAGUAAACUCCGAGUAUCAUUUGAGUAUCUUGGUUUUCGGUAGUCAAAACACGGUCGCCGAAUUACGACCCAUGAUGAAAUCACAUAUUGGGACAAAACUUGCAAACAAGGAAAACACGCAAGCAACAAAUCACGCAGAACAACGCCUUAUUCAGGCUAAAGUGUCCGAAAAGAACUUACCAUUGUUUCCGAGAGAGGGAGAGAGAGAGACUGUCAGCAUCAGCAGCACAGCAGAAUGAGGACGUGCUCACUUCCUCACAAGACCACUCAGGCUGAGUGCCUUGCAGAAGACGCUAAUGUGAAAUACCAACAAUGCAUUAGCAUCUAUUUGUGCUGUAUGGAAGUGUGCAUUACAGUACACGCAUCACCCAGGCUUUCAGUUGGUCAAGAAAGGAUUGGAAAUGAGUCAUUUAGACUGACAUGGGAACAAUGCACAGCGCUUUCAUGGUUUACAAUCAUGCUAUCUUAAUCAAAUAAUGAUUUACGUCAUCUUAGGCCAUACUCACACCAGGCCAGUGGUGUGUUGUUUUAUUGGCCCGCAGCACGUUCUUAAAAUAUAAUUUAAUAAUAUAAAAUAAAAAAAUAAUAAUGCAUUUAAAAUCAGAAGUAAUUUUAAAAGAAUAAAGUCAAAAUGUUAAGAGAAAAAAAAGUUAUAAUCUAACAAUAACGUCGUAAUAUUAUGAGGAAAAAUAUUUCAAUUCAUUUUAGUAGCAGAGUGUUGAAAUAUUAAAGAAAAAAAUAGUUUUAAAAAACAAAACAGCGAAUAAAGUAUAAGAAAAAAAGGUUGUAUUCUAACGAGAAAAAAGGGGACAGUUUCCCAAGUAUAUUAGUGCGCGUGUGAAUGUAUAAACGAGAGGUAUUAACUUAAAUUUCUUUGUAGAAAGGUGCUUUCUGAAAGCAAGUACAUUGACUUGUAUUCAUUUCCAGCGCAGCCUUGACACAUCCAAUAUGGCAGCGACGUUGACGUCUCGCAGCAGUGGACAAACCCACUCGAUGCGGCGUCUAUCUAUGUCUAUGACAGGCAUAGACAUUGUGAGGCUGUGACUGCAACUAAGACACAACUGAAAGGGGGCGCUAAUGCGCCACAGUAAUGGCUGCCAACCGCCAUAAAUCCGAGGAAGAAGAAAGUGACAGAUUUUUUUUUUUUGGUGUGCGUGUGAGCCGCCUUCUGACAAACACGGCAGUGUGCAAAACUAUAACUCACAUUUACGUAGCUUAUACAGGCGAGCAGUUGAAUCGGAACCUGAACUGAAAACUGAAGAAUCUCUUACUGUCCCCAGUCAAGUCCAAGCAUGGCAGAAAACACAGAGCAAAACGAGGCAAAGCAUGACAACUCAUCACCCGGAAUCACAGCCCAAGAGAAAGAAAUGGCCGCCUGCGCGUAUGACUCCUUUUUGGCCGGCAAGUACAAUGAGUCUCUCAGGCACCUGGAAGCCCUGCAGGAGCUGAACAAGGAGGACUACAAGAUUGCUCUGAAUAAAGCUGUCGUGGAGUUCUACAAAAGUGGUCAGACUACCACCGGAACUCUGAAGCAAAGCCUCAUGGCCAUGAAGAACCAGGUUCACACAGCAACAGAGGACGUUGACGGGCUGGAUGACGUUGAAAACAGCUUGUUGUACUACAAUCAAGCCAUCAUCCACUAUCAUAUGCGACAGUACUCUGAAGCCAUCGCCAUUGGAGAGAAGCUGUAUCAGUUUCUGGAGCCAUUUGAAGAGAAGUUUUCCCAGGCUGUGUGUUUCCUGCUGGUGGAUUUGUACCUGCUCACCUUCCAGCCGGAGAAGGCCCUGCACCUGCUGGCCGUGCUGGAUAAAGUGUCUGUGCAAGGAAGCAACAAGAACGGCAAAGGAGAGAACAACAAAAACGGGGGGAACCAGAAGCCUGAGUUCUCAGCUAUGAUUGAGGCAGCUAAAUCCAAGAUGCACCAGUAUAAAGUGAGAGCCUACAUCCAGAUGAAAUCCUCCAAGGCGUGUAAAAGGGAGAUCAAGUCAGUGAUGAACACAGCAGGAAACUCUGCGCCCUCGCUAUUCCUCAAGAGCAACUUUGAAUAUCUGCGAGGAAACUACCGGAAAGCGGUGAAGCUGCUCAACAGCUCCAACAUAGCGGAACACCCCGGGCCCAUCAAGACAGGCGAGUGCAUGCGGUGUAUGUUCUGGAACAACCUCGGCUGCAUCCACUUUGCGAUGGGGAAGCAUAACUUUGGCGUUUUCUACUUCAAGAAGGCUUUACAAGAGAACGACCACACUUGCGCACAGCUGGGAGACGGCGGUAACGGGCAAGCCAAGAAAUUCACAGGUAUCCCCAUGUGUGCGCUCCUGGCCAACAAACGCUACGAGCUCCUCUACAACUGUGGCAUCCAGUUGCUGCACAUCGGCAGGCCUCUGGCCGCCUUCGAGUGUCUGAUUGAGGCUGUGCAGGUUUACCAUUCCAACCCUCGGCUGUGGCUGCGGCUCGCCGAGUGUUGCAUCUCUGCCAAUAAGGGGGGUUCAGAACAGGAGAACAAAGGUUUGCCUUGUAAAAAAGGAAUUGUUCAGUCAAUUGUAGGACAGGGCUACCAUCGCAAAAUUGUUUUGGCCUCCCAGUCCAUGCAGAACACUAUUUACAGUGAGGGCCAAUCAGCAGCCAUCCCAGUAGCCAGUAUGGAGUUUGCAGCCAUCUGCCUAAGGAACGCUCUCCUGCUGUUGCCUGAACACCAACAGCAGGAUGCAAAGACUGAGAACAGCUCCAAGAGCUCCAGUCAGUCAGGAAGCACAGAGAGCGGCAGUGAGAACAGUGAUGCCUGCAGCGGUAAAGGUCAGGAAGCCGACAAGUUGCUCUCUGCAGCGCCAUCGUCUCCUCUCAGAAAACAGGAAGUCGAAAACCUAAGGUGCUCCAUCUUGGCGUGUAGUGCCUACGUUGCACUAGCGUUGGGAGAUAACCUGAUGGCUUUGAACCACGCUGAGAAACUGCUCCAUCAAACAAAGCUGUCGGGAUCCCUCAAGUUCCUUGGUCACCUCUAUGCCGCCGAGGCCCUGAUGUCACUGGACAGGAUCUCCGACGCAAUCGCUCACCUCAACCCAGAGAAUGUCAACGAUGUGUCGAUGGGCACGCAGAGCAGCGAGCAAGACCCAGCAGGAUCUGAUAAAGGAGACGAGCCUGUUGAAUCCUCUGGGAAGCAGACGCCUCUGUGUUACCCCAGCAGCGUGGCAUCAGCCCGGGCCAUGAUGCUCUUCAACCUGGGCAGCGCCUACUGCUUACGCAGCGAAUAUGACAAAGCUCGCAAGUGCCUUCAUCAGGCUGCAUCUAUGGUGAACACGAAGGAGAUCCCACCUGAAGCCAUCCUGUUGGGAGUCUACCUGGAGUUGCAGAACGGGAACACCCAGCUGGCCUUGCAGAUCAUCAAACGGAACCAGCUGCUGCCAACGGCGACCCAGAGGUUGUCCCCAGACUCCCGCAAGAAAGCCAUCCAGCCGCCCUCAUCCUUCAUACAAGUUCAGCGGAAAUGAGCCUCCGGCCGUUGGACCACCCGGACGCUCUGAGGAGCCUUGAUAUUUAUGAUGCUUCUUCCCCCAGCAUCCGGCGUGUAUGAAAUGAUCACGGACUGAGGCUUCCUGGGGCCGUCAUUAUUUUUUAAUUCAUCUUGACCGGCCGAUCUGUGUGUCUGAAUCACAAAAAUACAUUUUUAUUUACUUUGA